UCAUUAGGCACAGUAAUGCCACGGUUAUGUUUCAAGUCUUCUCACACAGAACUUAAAAUUGACUGAGCAACACAAUACUACAGUUCAUCGUGCUAUCGGCUUCGUAUUUUAAAGGUUUGUUUGCGGACUCUGGUCUUCCCGAUCUCACAAUGUCGGAAAGAAACGAGUCAAAGAAAAAAUCUUUUGAUGAAUCAAGAGCUGAAUGUAGUUCUACAACGAGGACCAAAAGGUUUGAUGCAGAUCUGGAUCAUAUGAACCUCUCCCCCAUGAUACGCCACCUUGUGGAGAACAUGACAGAAGAGCAUUGGAGAAUUGUCCGUGAGGCUCUAUGUGUGCCUAGGACCAAAGAAGAAGUUGGCCAUCUUUGUGCUAUCAUAGUGAAGAAAGUAGUCCAGACUGCUCAUUAUUACCUGCUCCCAGUCCUCAGUGAAAUUCUGGGUGUUCCUGCCGCAUACGUAUGUGGAAUGACAAGAUCAGGGCAACACACAUUUUGGGUAAGCACCUCAGAGGCCAAGAGACCUGAAGGAUCAUCUAUACGCCAAGGAUCUCAGGGGAUAACAAAUGAAAUGCUCUUGGCAGCAGCCAAGAAAGAAGUCGAUGAGAUUUUUCGAGAAUCUGUCAGAAUAGUCAGUGGUUUGGAUCCAGUUGUGCCUGCCUUACCAGAGAGAUAUUCUUCCAUCUCCGAAAAGAAUGUGGAUUUGACAGCCUCAUGCACCAUUAAGGACUUUGACUCUGGUCCUACUACAGCACCCAUGAUGGCUGAGGACGCUAAAGCCUCAGGACUAUCACAAUCCAUCCCCUUGCUCAAUCAGUUUACCGACACUGAAUUUCAACAAAGGGCAUCAAAGCAAGUGAGUGAGGUUUUGCUCAAAACUCUUGAAAAUGAAUCCCCAAUUGAGGAAUUUGCUGAAGAUGACGAGGAAUCAAACUCCAAAGCAGAAAGUCAAACAGACCUCUGUAGGGUUCAUGCUAUCUUUCCAUCUGGUCCCCUGUCAGAGUCUCUUGCAGUUGAUCUAGUUGAUGAUAUUAUUGAAUCCAUGAAGGACAAAGUCUCCUGCCAAGAGGUUUAUUCAACAUCAUAUGAUGUUGUUGGAUGUGUUAUUGAAGGGAUGAAAGAUCUUUUGGAGAAAACACAAGCCCUAGGAACUGUUGUUCCAAUGAAAAGGAUCUACAGGACAACAUGUCAAAUAAUGUUCAAUGCAAUUCAGAACAUGGUGGGGAAAUUGUUUUGCAAAUCUUUUCACUCUGACAGUAAAAAGAAAAUGACAGUGGCUUCUGCCAUCAAUGUCACUAGCAAAGCAAUUGUGUCCAUGCAGAGUGAACUUCCCGAUCUCAAGACGGCAGGAAAUCUAGAGCAGGUAGAGCUGAUUGAUAAGAUCCUUAGUGCUAUGUUGAAUGAAGUACAAGUGAUUGACAUUGAAACAGAAACAGACAGGUCACAAAGCCCUGGAUUGCCAUUGUCACACUCCUCAGUAUCAUUUCACUCAGAAAUAGAUGACCAAACCAAACUCACCGGUACUGCUGUUCUCCCUGAAGUGUUUAUCGAAAGGAUUUCCCCUCUUCUGACGCAUACUUUUGUUGACAUGGAUGCUGCUUCAUUGUCUCCUGGAUGUGUAAAUGAAACCAUCAGUAGUGUGUUAGACACCAUCUUAGAAUGGGAAAAAUGUGUACCCAUCACUGGAAGACUGGAGAAAUUGAUCACUGAAACACAAAUAGGUCAAUAUUCCUAUGAUAUUGCAGAUCGAGUACAUAAAACACUAAAAGGUUAUCAUGGUCUCCAGACCAUUUCCGUGCCAGUUGGAAAGAGUCUUUCAGAUUCUAUGCUUUGCAAAUUAACAUCUAGAGCUGAGGGAAAGAAUGAAAUUCCAUCAGAGUUCGUUUACAGUUAUGUAGAGGAGGCUGUGAAGCGACUACUCCUGUCAUGUUUGUUCCCCUCAGCAUCUUCUGAGAAUCAAGAACGUUUACAGAAUAAUCUAGAGACCUCAAAAUCAUCACCUGAGGUGUUUGGAAGUACAAUGAACGUAUUCACACAAGUGAUGACCAACGAAGUCAUGGUGGCACUCUCCACAGAGUCAAAGAAAAAUGUUUCUUCUGACUUGAAGGAAUUAGUUAAGGAGGAUCAGAAACUCUUAGACAAACGGGCACAGGACACUAAAACUAGAUCAUCCACCACUAACUCAAACAAUCUGCCCCCUCGUACUUUUGACGAACAUACAGAUUUGAUGCAAAAUAGUCAGUGUGAAGGAGUCGCCAGUUCAUGUCACCUACGUCUGUUAGAGUCCAACAAGAAAGACUUUGCCUCCUUGGUCUCCAUGCUGGUCAUUCGACUCCUGAAGAAAGUCAAUAGCUUACAAAAGGACAUUGGCACCCACCAGGAUGGACUUCCAGAUAAUGUGCUGGAUAUGUCCAGAGACUUGAUUCAGAAGAUUCUGUCUGAGCUCAAUACAGCGUUUGGCAUGACAGGCGAUGAAACCUAUCCUAAGGAUGUGAAUUUUCACCAGAUUUACAGAAACGUUUACAAAGAACUUACUCGACAGUUUGGGUCUGAAGAUGUGCUCCGUUUUGCCCUUGAAUCACAAGAUCAAUCUUUUGAAUCAUCACUGGUAGAAACGCUAACAAAAGAGAUAACAAAGACUUGUAGCCAAACCAGCAUACCAGCUUCUACACAUCUCCCUCCAAUUCAACCUACAGUUGGACAAGACCAAGGAAAGGAAAAGACCAGGAACAAAAUGUUUCCAGUUUGGCUCAAGAUGCCAACAAUCAAAUCGAAGAAACCAAAGAGAGGAUCACAGAGUCUCCUUGUAAGCCAGGCCUCUCCUGUUGCAAACACUAAGCUCAGUGAGACGCUGGCUCAGGUCACCAAGGCUCCUGUAUCUGCUGGCCCACUGGAGAUGCCACAGGAGGAAGAGACCGUAGGGUGCUGUUUCUUCAGGAUGCCGAAAUUUAAGUUCUCCUUCAAGAAAAUAAGGAAAGGUGCUAAAAUUGGCCAUUGUGACGAUGAUAAGUCCUUUGAAGAGAACAUCAAUGUCUCAGCCUGUGCAACAUCUUGUCAGACUCGGUUCAAUGAGGCUACUGCUGAACUGACUGCUUCUGAGAGCCAAACUAAACUGGAAGAGACUGCAUCUAGACUGACCAACACAUCUACUCCAAAGAUGGGACUGUCUCACCUAGCUGUUUAAGUCACCGACACAGCUCAAUGAUCCUUUGAAUCAUCGGAUCCUCUAAGAACUCUUCGGUCCUUUCAACUACAUUUUUUUGAACCCCAAUCUGGCUAUUUUAAUUAAACGUAUUAUUGCAUGCAUAUUGGUGUAACUUUGCCAUUUGUUGGGUACUAUAGGGAUGACUACAUACAGUGGCGCUGGGAAGCUUGUGAAUCUGUUGGAGGUUCUUGAAAGUUCUUGAACAACAGCUUUUAGUUGAUUUUAAUCUCAUAUUAAAAUAUCAAAUCAUAUGAAUCUAACUGUGCUUAAUUGUAAGAUAUGUCACAGGCUUGAAGCUGAAAGGUUAGCUUUGCAUUGUGUUUUGAUGAGAAGUUGAGAUGUCGUAAAUCGGCCAGAUUGGAGUGCGCCCA